UGUCCUGGUCCGGAUUCUGAGGCUUGAGACUCCGCGCUUGGGCGGGGACCCGUGGCAUUAUUCAUAGGAUUAUAGGGCCGUUUCUUUCUGGGCGAGGGUCAUAUCCUCGGGAAACCGAGUCGUCAUCCCGUCCAGCCGCUAGCCCCAGAUGGGUCUUUGGGACAGUGGUCCCUCUCUAGGAACCUUGGAAGAUCUGGCCACCCUGCCCCUCUCAGGUGCAGAAAGACAGAUUUUCCCAGUGCGCUAGGAAGAUUGCUGGCUUUCUACUCGUCCGGGGGACCUGAGAGCAAGACCUGUGCCGGAUGUGAGGGAUAGACCGGUGGCCAAAGCCCCUCCUGACCUCCCGACCACCCACGAGGAUCCAGGCUCGCGCCGCACAGUCCUCCUGGGGAAGGGGGGGCGGCGCAGUCACGCGCCCAUCUCACUUGCGUUCACACACGCGUAAGGCUCACGCUCUCCGCCCCGCACACCUGUGCUCCGCCUCUUGGUCCUGGGCCCGCGGCGCGAGAAGGCAUUUGGGAACCCGGGACAGUUUCAGAGGCGCCCCUCCCCGCCCCCGCCCCCGCCCCGCCAUCCCCUCCAUUUUUCGGGCAGGAGUGGUCCAGAGCCUGCCGCGGCUCCCAACCGGCCCACAUCCCUCGCCAUCCUUCCCUCCCCCCGUCUGCCGCGGCCCCGGUAUCCGCAGCCACCAGCCCGGAGCCGGUGAGGCGGCAAAGGGGGGAGGGGGAGGAAGCAAGGGAUGAGCUCCGGGAGGGCGUCGGGGGCCCUGAGCCGGACGAGGACGCCCCUGGAACCGGGACCCGAGCCGGAGCCGGAGCCGGAGACAGAACCAAACCACCGGUACCGGCUGCAGCCCACUAAACCCAGGAGGCGCCCUGGCCCGCGCUCGCCCCCCAGGGCCUCAUGUCGGAACCACAGCCUGACCUGGAGCCGCCCCAACAUGGGCUGUACAUGCUCUUCCUGCUUGUGCUGGUCUUCUUCCUCAUGGGCCUUGUAGGCUUCAUGAUCUGCCACGUGCUCAAGAAGAAAGGCUACCGCUGCCGCACGUCUAGGGGUUCAGAGCCUGAUGAUGCCCAGCUCCAGCCCCCUGAAGACGAUGACGUGAAUGAGGACACAGUAGAGAGGAUUGUUCGCUGCAUCAUCCAAAAUGAAGCCAAUGCUGAGGCCUUGAAGGAGAUGCUAGGGGACAGUGAAGGAGAAGGGACAGUUCAGCUCUCCAGUGUGGAUGCCACCUCCAGCCUGCAGGAUGGAGCCCCUUCCCAUCAUCACACGGUGCAUCUUGGCUCUGCAGCUCCUUGCAUCCACUGUAGCCGCAACAAGAGGCCCCCACUUGUCCGUCAGGGUCGCUCUAAGGAAGGAAAAGGCCGCCCCCGGCCCGGAGAGACCACUGUUUUCUCAGUGGGCAGGUUCCGAGUGACACAUAUUGAGAAGCGCUAUGGCCUACAUGAACAUCGUGAUGGUUCCCCUACAGACAGAAGCUGGGGCUCUGGUGGGGGCCAGGAAGCAGGGGCCAGUCAGGUGGCUGGGGGAGGGCAGCCUAGGACAGGGACGGCUGCCACCGAGAGGCUGCUCCCUGAGCCACCACCCUCCCAGGCUGUAACCACCCACCCAGUGCAGAAUGGAGGACUCAAGGAUGACAGCCUAGUCCCUAGUACACUUGAGGGAACCCCGGCAACCUCUGCAGAACUGAACUUGGGCACUCGAGGAAGAGGCCCAAGCCUAGGGCUGCCUACUCAGGAGGCAAACGGACAGCCAACCAAACUGGACACCUCAGGUCAGCAGGAGUCUCUACCACCAGAAGAAGGGGGUGUGUGAGGCGAGUCUCCCUGAGCUUGAGAUCAGCCUCAGUCUCCACUGUGCUGAUGGAUUACCAGCAGGCAUUGCCAGGGUAUGGAUAGCCAUGAAGGCUCUCCCCUCCACUGGACAGCACUGCUCCUCAUUUGAGGGACCAGCUCUACUUCCAUCCGGAGUUACGUGGUCCCAGGCUGAGGGACCUCAGGAGGAGCCCCUCCCAACUCCCCACCCCUCACUCUUUUCCUUUCCCCACCUGCCAACAGGUUGCCUGGCCUGCCUUCCCCCAAAACCUCGCUCCAAAACAUGCAAGAGCGUGGCAGCUGGGACCAGGCCCUACCCUUGGUGGGCCCCUAAAGCAAUAGCACCUUAGGCUUCCUGCCCUCUUGGCACAAGAGGCCCAGGCCCUGGCUUGGACUUCAUGCCCUUUAUUCACUGUCAAUAAAUCCGCUCAGACCAUUACA